CCGAGGCGGACUCGGAUCCACAGCCGAACCCCACAACCAACCCCGAAGCGGAUUCGGAUCCACAACCGACCCCGAGUCGGAUUCGGAUCCACAGCCGAACCCCACAACCAACCCCGAGGUGAACUCGGAUCCACAGCCGACCCCCAGGCGGACUCGGAUCCGCAGCCGACCCUCCAACCAAUCCCGAGGUGGACUUGGCCCACAGCCGGCUCCGCACCGCCCCCGCGGCCGGCCUUGAGGCAGUCCCGGCCCCCACAGCCGACUCCACGCUUCGUCCGGACCCAGAGCGGACCCAGCCCGGCCCCGCCAUGGAGCUUGAGGAGGACUUCGAUUUGCUGGAUCCAGAGAGGUUAAUCCAGUGCCCCCUGGUUAAACACCAUUGGAUCAGAGCACGGAGGUUUCCCUAUCACCUGGUGAAGUGUAAGGAGAGCAACCCUGAAAUUGCAAAGAAAUUGGCCACAUGUCCCUUCAACGCUCGUCACCUGGUUCCUCAGGCUGACCUCAGCAAGCACAUCAUGAAGUGCAAUGACAAAGCCUUUGUGGAGCAAGAUGUGGUGAGCCGAUCCUCUGAGUCCUCACAGGAGCAGCUGAAUAAUGGGAGCACAUGGCAGGCACCUCCAAGUGCUGAAGACUGGGAAACAGACUUGCUGGAGGGAUCUGAGUCUACUUUUGUGUGGGGUGUGAUCAACUCUGCCAUGAGCAGCCCCAUCAGUGAGCAGAACAACUCGUUGCCUUCCCGGAUGCGGCCCCCUGAGACCCUUCCAUACAGUGUGUCUGCAGGCCUAAUUCGGAGUAUUAGUUCCUCCCCUUGGAAUGUAGUUUUGCCCCAGCAGUAAAUGUCUCCCUGGUUUGGACAGAAGAGCUCCUGCAGAAGACAGACAUGCUCUGGACCUGAUGGCAGGACUCUCUACACCUGGCUUUUGUUGCCUGAUAUAUUUCUUGUAACAUUUGAAUAUGUGGAACUGUCCUUGGUUGGCAGAUGUUUCCCCCAACCACUUGUUUUAAAAGUUACCCUCACCUUUAUUCGGUGAAUUUUGUUACUGUUUUUGAAAAAAAUAGACUGAUAAAUGUACACUGAAACCUUCCUAGCCCAACCUUGGGUCAUGGUGGCUCCCUGUGAACAGAAAAAACAUCAUAAUUGCCAAGUCUCUGGUUUUUUUUGUAACAAGAAAACUUAAAAGUAUUUUACUAUGCAUCCACAUCUUGUUUUUAUUUUGUUGGAGUCUGAGUUUCUCCACUCAGGGUAUGACAAGCAUUCAGGCUGGGUUUUAAACUGUGUUGUCAGUUGCAGAGACUGCUUUGAGAGCAUCCUGACCUCAACUUUUGCACCUUCGCACCUUCAGCUUUGCCUUUAUCACCUUGGGCCUUGCAUUUAUCACCUUGGGCCUUACCUUUGUCUCCUGUCUGUGAGGAACUUCCCCAGGCAGACCUUAACUGAAAAUCCUCUGCAAAUUCCUUGCAUCACAAACAACUCCAAACAGAGUGGACACUGAGGUGCUUUUUCCAGUUUCCAUUCAAGUUUUGCAGUUUUCUAAUGCUUGAAACGUGUUUGAGAGCUCUCAGGUGCCUGUUCUGCUUUGGGGGAGGAAGGGAGUAGGAAUGGUUUAAAUCAGUAAAAAUGCAUGUUUGGGACUGAAAAUGUUCAGAUCAAGCAGUCUAUUUCUAAACAUGCAAAGUACAAAAUGGGAUCUAAAUAUACAACCAUAAAGAAUUAAGAUGCCAGACAUGAUGUUUUUAUAGAAAGAGAUUAAUGCCUUCGUAUUUCCCCCUAAAAACUGGAUUUCCACCAUCUGUAUACUACUAGUAGAAAAUAAUACAUGUUGACUUGAAUGUGCAAAAUUAAUAUUCUUUUAAAGUUCUGUCAACUUAUGUCAAGGUUCUUGUUAGCAAUUUAAAAUAAAAAUGUUUUCAAUUGCCUGCAA